CUUAUGUCUUUGUCAGAUAUUGAUAUCAGUAUUAUUUAUAUUAGUCUACUUUUACAGAUCCUAGAAGAGGAAAGAGACUUCCCAAGAGAUGGUAUGUUCCCCCAGUAGCCAUGCAGUAUGAUCAAAAACACAUGCCGGCAGAGUGGGACGCAUGGUUAAGAAAUCGCCGUGCAGAGCCCCCAAGUGAAACAGAAUUAAAAGAUAACUUAACCCUUUCUAUAACGAAGAAAGAAAAUGCUGACAAACUAGCUUUGAGAGCAGGUAAAAAUCCUGAGGAAGUCCUUAAGCAUUCAGAUAUGUCCUCUUUUCCUGUCUAUGAUGAAUAUGAAGUCACUCCAGGAGAUGGAUCCAAAUUCAAAUCAUAAUCACUUACCAUUUCCAAUAUAUAGAUUUCAAAUAAAGGUAUUAGUACAUUU